CCCCCUGCUGGGUAACAUCUUGUACUGCACGGUCUAGUUCCUGGUUGAUGUUAACACGCUUUAGGCGACUCUUGGUUCACCACGCAAUAUCAACUUUUGAAAGCAUGGAAUCAGUUGGUUCUUAGAGCGCCAAGGACACAUUAAGCGAAAAUAACAUUGAAACUUAACUGUGUAGAUUUUCGGUUUUGCCCAAGGCAUGACUGUGUAGACUUCUGCUGGUUCGCUCACAGUAGCCUAGCCAGCUUUCAGUCGCCAGCUAAGCUAGCUAACUUGCUUGCUAGCUCAAUUGCAAUCCAAAAUGACUGACUGCUGCGCCGCAGCGACCUGUGAUUAUCAGCAAGGGGAAUCAACCACUGCACUUUUCAGCUUUCCUUUGGAUCCAGAGCGCUGUAAACAAUGGUUAAACAACUGUUGUCGCCAAGAUUUGGCCUCAGAACCUACUGAGCAGUUGCACAAGCUGUACAGACUUUGUGCAAAGCACUUUGAGCCCUCGAUGAUCUCUAAUCAGAGUGCCUCCAGAUGUGUCUUGAGGGAAGAUGCUGUUCCAACAAUAUUUGACUUUACAACACCUAUGAACAGUCAGUCAACCUGCAACAGGAAGCGAGCUAGAGAUCCUUCGGAAGAGGAACUCAUUUCUGUGAAGAAAACGAAAGAAAACACAUCAAGACCAGAAGUGACGGAGGAGAAACAAGUGUCUGGAGAGAACAGUUCAACAGCUGAACUUAAAAAUGAUAGCCAAACCCAAGAGGAUGUGGCGAGCUCGAAAGCAAAAGAAACUCUGAAAGUAUAUUUUAAGGAAAUACUGGCACUGACUGGAUUCAGUAUCAAUGGUACAAACGUCAACACUGAUGAGCCGAUUGGAAGUGCUAGGGGUCAGCAGACUCUAAAUCAUAUCUGUGUGGAGAAAAUUGACAAAACAGAAAUCCUCAAGUUCAGUGAAGACCUCAUGCGGGAGGAGAUCCAGAACAGUCUCAGAUUAGCACGAUUCUUUUCCAUUCUGCUUCAGGAUGUGACGAGCAUAGAGGGAAAGGAGCACAUCCCAGUCUUCAUCAGGUCUGUCACAGUAGCUGGGUUUCCACAAAAACACCUCAUUGGGUUCCUACCAUGCGAUGUGGAUGCAGAGAGUCUGUUUUACAUGCUUCUCUCUGAGUUAAGAAACAAGUGGGGGCUGAGGAUGGAGCACUGCAGAGGACUCACUUAUUUGGUUACAGGCAGUAUGUGUCAGAAAAUGCGAGACCUUACUUGCAGGAUUCUUCAGGAGUUCCCACAAGUAGUUCUGUCACCAAGUGACCCAUAUGCCUUCAACAUAUGGCUUAUUCGUUGCAUGCCUGUGCCUUCCAUCCAGAAGGUUGCAGACACUGUAGAGGAGGUGGCCUCAUUACUCAGGAGAACUCCAGAGCUGUCCAAAAGAUUGGAAGGAAAGAUCCAGAUGGCAUAUGGGCAUGUAAAAGGAGAAGUGGAUCGGAUCAAAGCAGCUGUCAGUGGGAAUUGGGAGUACACCACUGAUACCUUCCAGACCAUGUUAGAUAUUCUGGAGCCAUUCCUGAACUGCAUUAAUGAGAUGAUUUCGAAGGUAGAUGAAGAUACUGCUGAACAGAUGGCCAAGCUCAAGCCAGUUUUGAAGAAUUUCAAUUUCAUCAUCACACUUGUUGUUCUAAAGAACACUCUCUGUUGUGUGAGCAUACUCAACUCGAGUCUCAGGGGAAUAAUUAGCAUCAGCAGUACCUUGCAGUACACGAUUUCCAAUGCCUUAAAGCUGGUAAGCAAAUAUCAACAGGAACUUGCCAUAUUCCACAGGAAAUGGUUUUCAGAUGCAGUUGGUCGAGCCAAGAAGCUGGGAGUGGAGGUCAGUAAACCAGAGAUAGACCAAGGUGACAAAACUGACACACCACUGGAGGACUUUUACAGAGAAACUAUGAGCCGGCCUAUCUUGCUCUAUCUUGUUGCAGAAGUGAAGAGAGUGUUCAGCACUGAGAUGGUGAGGAUUCUUCGAUGGCUGUCAUUAGUGCCAUCUUACAUGGCUGACCACAAUUUCAGCAUUCGUAGAGACAAAGUAGCAGAUGCCAACUUGAACAAUCUUGCAAGGCCUGACACAUUUUAUGAAGAACUUGGUUGUUGGGAAGUGAAGUGGAGGCAUGCAAGCAAGCGAAGAAUCUUACCAACCACAGUGUUUGCUACACUUAAGAUUCCAGAUAUUGGGUUUUACCCAAAUGUGCAGAGCUUGCUCAGGGUGUUGGGCACUGUUCCAUGUGUAAAUGCAGAGGCAGAUGUCUAUGGCCAGUACCAUAUGGUACUCGAGCGGUGCCACUCUUAUUUGAGAGCCACACCAGAGGAGCAAAGACAGUGCAGCAUGGCAUUUGUCUACGUGAACCAAGAUGUGCAUUUCAGUGUUGAACAGAUGGUGGAGUCAUAUGUCCAAAAGCAUCCAGAUAUCCUACAGUUGCUGCAAAUGGAGUAUGACACAAAAGAGACGCAUCCCCAAGUGGCAGCUCAUGAAAACCAUGCUGAAAAGGAUACUGAAGAGGAAUUACAACUCCUAAACCUAGAGAUGGAUGCUGAAAGGCUUGUGGAGAUGAAGUGUGCAGAGACCGAUAGAGAAGCUCUUAAAUCUGCUUUGCAGGCUGCAGUAGCAGCUGCAUACAGCAGUCAAAGCAGACUACAUAGUGAUGCCUCUCCUGGUCAGGAUGGAGAUAUAGAGUAUGUGACCAAGUCUGAAAUGAAAGAAGUUCUUACUGUGUGCGAGAACGCUGUCAGGGAGGGAAUUCUCAUGGAAGUGGGGAGUUCAUUCUUUUCCUUAUUCAUUGACCGUGUUGUGAAACUGGGGGAGAAGGACUACCUUCCACUUUUCCUUAGAUUUGUGGACAGUUUUGAUGUCAUGCGACUGGAAUUGAUGGGAUUCCUUGAGGCAGAUCUUGCUUGUGAUACUAUGGUACAACGCCUUCUGGAAAUAGUUACAGUCGAGUGGCAUCUUGAUUUAAGUAACUGCAGAGGUCAAGCAUACCUAGGAUCUGGUGAUGUCUCCUACAAGCUGAAAGCCUUUGCCUGCAAAGUCCAGGAGAACUAUCCCCUUGCUAUAAGCACACACUGCUCUUCCUACUCUUUCAACACAUGGUGGUCAAAAUCCAUUCCAGUGCCUGCUGUUAAAAGAGCCCUGGAUACAUUUGAAGAAGUUUUAAUGUUUUUUGGCAGCAGUUCUACUUUAGAAAAACAGCUUGACCAUGUGAUAGCACUUGGUCUUAGAGAGAGCUAUGAAAAGGUCCAAGAGUUACAAGGGAAGUUCUGUUCCCUUUGGCAAGAGAAGCAUGAUUCUUAUGAGGUGUUUGUGCAGAUGCUGGAGCCCCUGGUCGAAUGUCUGGAGAAAAUCAAGAACAACCCACAGAGAUGGAAAGUCUUUGUGUCUGAACAAGCUGGGGCACUUCUCCACAAGGUAAUGGAAUUUGAUUUCAUCAUUGCCAUGGUGGUCUUGAAGAAUGCAUCAUCUUUUACCAGAGAAUUGAGUGCAGGUCUCCAGAAGGACCACUUCAGUGCUGCAUCCCAACUUUGCCAUAUUGGUGGCAUUGUGGCCACUCUGAACCGAGUAAAAACGAAUAUGAAAGUUUUUCACCAGAACUGGUUUGAUGAGGCCUGUGCAAUGGCACAGAGCCUAAGAGUGCAGAUUGAAGUGCCUGAAACCUCUGUGCCAAGGGAUGGCAUGAUCAAGCCAGUCGGGUUUUACAAAGAUGGUUUAAGUGUGCCCCUAGUAGAUAACCUCAUCAAUGCGGUGAAGGAUCAUUUUUCAGAAGAUCACAAGGAAGCGCUUAACUUUCUCUCUCUGGUUCCAUGCUCAGUCACCGUGAGUUACAUGUUUGAGAGCUUAAAGACAAAGCCUCCUCUCUACAGCCGUGAUCUUCCUGAUGCUGACAACUUCUUCACAGAGCUUUGCUGUUGGAGAGUAACCUGGAAGACCAAAGUGGCAUCUGUGACCAUCCCAAACUCCAUAUUUCACACAUUGCGUCUGCCACUCAUGCAGUUCUUCGGGAACAUCAAUGCACUGCUCAGGGUUAUGUCUGUACUACCUAGCACAGCACUGGAAGACUGUGGUGUUGUAAUGCGCCACAAGAAGUUCCAAGAAUACCUGAGAAAUACAAAUCCUAAAGACAGGUGCCCAUGCUUGGCUAUGCUGCAGGUGGGCACUGACUUCAGCAGAGACCUGGACCGCAUGGUGACCCAGUGUUUGAAGGUUACUCCACAGGCCUUGGAGGGUAUCUGUCUGGACAGGGAAUCCAGAAGUUUCAUAAGGACCACUGAAAAUAAUAUGGAAGUUGACUGUGUCAAGGAGGAAACCGAGGAGAUCAAAAUUGAACAAUUACCUGACAAGGCUGAGGGCCAAGACUUGAAAUCAGCAGAUGAGAAUGGGCAUGCAGGAGAUAAUCAUCAAAGUUUAGCUACUGUGUUCAGACUUGCUGCACUCCUGGGGAAAAGGAAUAGCAGCCUGUCUGACCUCUCGGAAGAGGACCAAGAGUUUUUCAGCCAGGAACUAAGCAUGUGCCACUGGUUUGGAAGUGAGAGCAAAUUCACACCAUCUACAGGUGAUAAUGAAAUGGUAAACCUCCUCAUAAAUGGAAUCAGAGAUGUCAUACUCAAGGAAAUACACGACUCCCCGUUCUUUUCACUUAUCACAGACAAACCUGUUAAAAUCACUGACAAGACACACCUACCCGUUUUUGUGAGGUAUGUCAGGCAGUCUGCUCCAAAAGUAGAGCUCAUGGGUUUUUUACCAUUUAAUGAAAACUGCCACAUUGAGACACAAGCAAAUAACCUCGCAAAGAUUCUCACUGAAGACUGGGGCUUACCAAUGUCUCAGUGCCGAGGACAAGCAUUCAUGCACUUGGGCUCAGGUUUCCAAAGCCUGAAGAAAAUGUCUUUGGAUUUCCUCACGAGUUAUCCAUUCUCUGUUAUAACGCCCAGUGAGUCUUGCGGCCUUGCCCAUUGGCUGGCAGGAAGUGUGCCUUGCCCUUCAGUAGUAAAAAUGUUGGAUAUCACAGAAGACCUGCUGCUGUUCUUUGAUGACUCUCCUUGUCUGGAGGGAGAGUUAGCACAGGCUGCUGAUGGGCUUUUAAAUAUGCCAAGAGAGGCCCUGGAGGAAAUUCCAGAAACAUGUUGCUCAAGGUGGAAAAAGAGAGAAGACUUCUUUGACAUACUUGCUGACACAUUAGAAGGCAUUCUCAAUUGUUUAGAUGCUGUUAGCUCUAGUGCCGCAGGUGCCAAGUCAGUGCAUGCACAAGUUCUCUCUACUGCUCUCAAAAAUAUGGAUUUCAUUGUCACUCUUGUGAUUUUGAAGAAUGCUUGUGCUCCUCUUCGUAACUGUAGCACUGUCUUCCGCUGUGGAAAUCCUGCUGAUAUUCUCUGUGAAGUGGAAAAAAUCCCUAUAAUCAUAGAGACGCUUAACAAAAUGUUAGAAAAUGUGAGCACUGUGCACUCCACUUGGUUUGAGCAGGCCUUCCAGCUAGCAACCAAGGUAGCUCCUGAACAAGUGUGCUUCUCAGAGGAAGCCAUCAGCUGUGAAUCUCCUGAGAUAUAUUACAGAGACAAUCUGAGUGUCCCUCUCCUUAGAAGUCUCAUUGAUGAAAUGGAGUACAGCUUUUCAGACAGCCACUUAAAAGCCCUGUCGGUCUUGUCAUUGCUGCCCUCCUGCAAUCCUCAGUCUGUUCUAUCAGAGUCUACAGACAAACCUUUCAGCCUCUACCUUACAUCUCUUCCUGAUCUGGAAGCAGCUGAGCAGGAAAUAAACGCCUGGGCCAAUGUCUGGAGAGAGAAAUACCAGGAUGUUGCUCCUCCAACAUCCAUCGCUGAAACACUAGCCCAUCCUGAGUCAAAGAGCUACCCUGCUGUUACUUUACUGCUUAGGCAAGUAGCUGUCCUGCCGAGUGUCAGUAUGGAGUGUGAUCUGAUGAAGACGACACUGAAUUCCAUGAGGGAUCUGUUAAAAAACACUCUUUGCAAAGGCAGCAUAACGGAUCAUGUGAUGCUUUUCUCUCACUGCGCAACACUGCAGAGACUGCCAGAGGUUGUUGAGAAGUGUAUGGAGGUUGAUCCAGAGAGCAGCACAUGGCUAUCCAAGGUGAUGGAAAGUUUUCAAAGACUAAAGCUGGGCAGUGGCAUUGAAGCAAAACCAGCUUCUCCAACACAAUUGCAAGACUUCAGCGUAGCAGACAAGCUCACUGAUGGAGAGGUGGCUUUGGCAGAUAAUGAAGUGGUACUGGAGGUUAUUCAAGGAGCAAGGAAAGCAGUGUCUUUCUAUGAGCCACAACUACGUGAACAAAUCCUCAAGGAACUCUGGGACUCUCAGUUCUUUACAAUUAUAACUGAGCAAGCUGUUGAAAUUGACAGUGAGCUCUAUGUCCCCUUGUGCAUCAGGUACUUAAACAAAGAGGACAUUCAGUGUGAGGAAACACUGGCUUUCAUCCCUUUCGCUGAAGACCCAGUUGUCCUUGCAGAAGCUAUUGAGACUGCCCUGUCUGAGAAGUGGGGACUAAACAUGGAGUACUGUCGAGGACAGACCUUGCUGAGUGUUGGUGACGUAGGAUUUCAGAUGAGGGCUGUAAGUUCUGCUAUAGCUAAAAAAUAUCCUCAGGCUGUUAGAACAGUCAGCUCUGCUUUGUCUCUCAAUGUAUGGCUGGCUAAAUCCUCUCCGGCUAAAGAAACAGCUGACGGAGCUGUUCUCAUAGGUAAAAUAUUACAUUGGCUCACAGAGGAUGCAGAACGCCAGAACAAACUUGAAGACAUGAUUAGUCACGUGUUCAAGCAUGAUGAAGGGAAGGGUAAUGAGCUGAGGGACAGACUCAUCAAGAACUGGGACAAAAGUCAUGACAUGUAUGAAGUGAUGGUAGAGAUUUUAGAAGCAGUCAUGCUCUGCUUAAAUGAGCUGAAAGGGGAGGGAAGCCCUUCAAACCAGCAGCAAGCAUCACAAUUCUUCAAUGCAAUCAGAAACUUUGAGUUUGUCCUGUCAACAGUCGUGCAGAAGAAUGUCUUGAGUGUAACUGAAAAGUUAAGUCAGGCUUUUCAGGGCAAGCCCUUAGAUAUGUUACUUACUGUGAAUAAUUUACCUGAUCUUAAAGCUUCACUCGGUCAACUUCAGAGUGAUAUUGACACCCAUCACAAGGCCUGGUUUGAGGAAGCUGUCACAUUGGCUUCUAAACUCCAAGUCACAAUGUUGCAUUCAGUACUUCUUGAGCCCCUGAGUGAGUUUUAUAAAGAGUCAGUAAGCAUGAAGCUUGUAGAGCACUCGAUAGCAGAAAUCGAUGAUCUCUUCACAGAAAAGGUAUUGGAUACCUUGAGGUGUCUGGAGAUUGUGCCUUAUGCAAUGUCCAAAGUAGAAACCAGCAUACUUAGUGGUCUCGUGUUCCGCCUGUACAAGGAGGACUUGCCAGAUCAGGGUUCCCUUCACUCUGAGAUGAAGUUGUGGAAGGAGAAAUGGUUGGAUCCCCUAGCAGGCUAUCUCCCAACUACUGUGCUUGAUACACUCAAGACGUCACAGAUAAGAAGUUUUAGCAACAUUGAAACGCUUCUUAGACUCCAGGUCAUCUUGCCAUUUUCAAGGAGGGAGAGCAAUUUCAGACAGGGUAAAAGAAGCUUGCAGGAGUUCAUACAACAGGAAAAGAGGUCUCUCAGCGAGCUCCAUCCUCUGUAAGAUUUGCAGGUCUUCCAUCACAGCUAUCAGAUUUGAACAAUGCAUUUGAGAUGUCACCGAUACCAUACUCAAGAACUGUGUCUCAAACCUAACUGAGGUUCUGAACUCAAUAUUUCUCUGUACAUUAUUGAUCUAAAUUGAGAUUUCUUUUUGUUGUUAUCCUGCAAACCAAGACCUAUGUUAUGUUGUUGUGUUUUGUUUUUGUUUUUGUUUUUUAUCUAUAGUUUUUACAGUUGUACUACCCAAUGGGACCAAUGUCUUGGCAAACAAAAACAGUGCUCCACUGAUAGGUAUCAAUGCUUGUGCCUUGAUGCAGAAGUAAAAAUUCGCCCCAUAUAUUGUGAUGAUACAGAUGUUUAAAAAUGUCCCAUUGGUGUUGGAAACAACUAUUUUUGUCAUUACCAAAAUGACCAGACUUCUGUAUCAUUGUAUCUGUGUCAUAAUUCAUUAUAACUAUUGAAGUGCACCGUUAUCUUUGCAGGGCACAAAUAGAAAUAGCUAGUCCCAUAAUGUCUUCUGAUGAUUUCUCCUGUUUCCUGUCUCUCUGCAGGAAUGAAUUUGCUCUAAAGUAUCUUUGAAAGAAUGUUUCCUUAAUAGGAAAACCUUCAUAUAUAUUUGUCAAAAAAAGGAAUAAAAUGCUCCAAAAUAUG